AUGCUUCAAGAGGCUUAUUACUGGUUCCACCGUGAUACCAACAUUCAAGACGAUAUCACUCUGCCUUCUGAACAAGACUUACUAGACUCUGCCAAGACUAUUUGGGCUCCUCCCACUCAGUCAAAAAUAAAAAUAAAUUUUGAUGGUGCUGCUGGAAUUAGAGGGUUCGCCUGCGCGGCAGUGGCAAGGAACUACAAUUGUGAGUUUAACGGGUGUCAGACACAAGUAUUCGCAUUCAACACCGUUGUAGAAGCUGAAGCUCAUGGUGCUUUGGUGGGAAUUGAGCUUGCCAUCAGCAAGGCUAUAAGGCACAUUAUCAUUGAAGGUGAUUCACUCACUGUGAUCAAUUCUCUCAGGUACAAUAAUUUCCCAGUCCCUUGGCGUAUUAAGAAUACUAUUGGAAAAAUCAAAGACAAGCUAGGGAACUUUACGUCUGUUGAUUUUAACUUUAUUAAAAAGGAAGCCAAUUUCAUGGCUCACUCCUUAGCAGCUUAUGUUGUUCGGAACCAACUGUCUAAUCAGUGGUUAACCUCUCCUCCUUCUUGUAUUACUCACUUGUUUAGUGAGGAUUCUUCUUCUUAG